AUGACUACAUCCAUGGCUGAACAGCAAGAGAUCUACAACCAGCAGGGCUUCCUCUCUGCGCUGCCUGUGUUGAAUGACACUGAGCUGAAGGAGGCCAGACGUGCCUUUUCUGAGCUGGAAAAAGAAUUAGGUGAAGACUACACCCAGUACAGCCUCCACAAUGUUCAUAUUCAGUAUCCAUGGGUGAAGGGUCUGACCAAACACCCUCAAAUCUUAAAAGUGGUCAAAGCCAUCCUGGGACCUGACGUGAUCUUGCUGGACUCCCGCUUCAUCUGUAAAUACCCAACAGUCAAACCUGACAUCCAGGAGACUAAUGAAGGAGAACCCAAACCUGAACUUCCAUAUGUUGCCUGGCAUCAGGAUAUGAGGUAUUGGGGUAUUGCUGGUGGCCCUGUUCUCUCUGUGUGGCUCGCUUUGGAUGACUCAGUGCAAGAAAAUGGCGCCCUUCAGGUCAUCCCAGGGAGCCACCUCGCUGGCAUGUUGCCCCAUCGCCAGGCCAUCCGCUCUGGAAACAUGCUGUCAGUCAAUCAGGAGAUCCCAGACGAGCUAGUUCAGGCUGGUGAAGCUGUGUUAUGCCCUCUGUUAGCUGGGCAGAUGUCUAUUCAUGAUGGCCUCCUCGUCCAUGCCAGUGAGCCCAACAGUUCCCAGAGGAGGCGCUGUGGGUUUGUGAUUCGUUAUAUUCCCACCUGUGCAUAUCCCAUACAGGAUCCUGAUCGUCCCAGGAAAUUUGCUGCGACAGCGCUGGUUUGUGGAACAGAUCAGUUCAAUCAUUUCUCCAACACAACCAAAUGA